GCAUUUGGCCGCUUCUCACGCAGAUCUUAUUAGCGCCGCAACUCUCAUCAAACGUGAAGGAAUCCUGCAGCGUGCCCGUCGGAGUCUUGCUGAUAUCUCGUGUCGGGGGUAUUGUUUGACGCGUAGUCGGCCCUGGAUCGGACAACCGCAUGCGGGCAGAAGCGACCGACAACAAGCGACGAGCAAUUACCGCAUCCGGUCUACGUAGUUCGCCGCUAGCUCAUGCGGUGCUCCGGACAGUACAACUCCGCGCCAUCGCGCACCAUGUGCGAAAGCGAGACGCUCAUCAACCUUGUACGAAAUUGUCCCAUACUAUAUGACACGAAGAACAAAGACUACAAGGACAAUGUAAAAAAGGCGGAAACUUGGGGGAGCAUAGCGAUUAAGUUGUGCUUAGACAACGGAGCCGUUGCGAAGAGUAAAUGGAGGCACCUCCGAGACAGUUAUGCUAAAUACUUGCGAACGCAGUCGAACACCGCAGGACAAUGCAGUAAAAAAUACAAACACUGGGCCUGGGCUAGUCAUAUGGAAUUUCUGAAGCCUCACGUCACUACCAGGCAGACAGAUUACAUUCACGCUGACGAUUACUCGGACAGCGACGCAGAAACCAAGAUCAAGUCCGAGCCAACAUUAGAAGAAUAUGUUCAGUAUUACGAGGAACCGCCUAACGAAAAGCCGUUGGUGCUAUCUCUGAGAAAGCGGAAACCGCAGCAGAGUCUGAGCUCCGCUAUACCCGAUGAAACUUUCGAAUAUUUGCAGACCGGCAAGCUGCAGAAAUUCAUGGACGCGGUGGAUCUGCUCUUCUUAAGCCAUGCGCAAACGCUGAAGACUUUCUCCCCGCAAAGGCAAGCCGCGGUGAAGCUUCAGAUCGCGCAAGUCAUGAAUAACGCGGAAUUGGAGCAAUUGGAGGAACUCAAUACGUUGCAAUUCUCAACGCCCUCUUCUCCCUCCUCUUGAAGAAGAAUCUCAACGGAUCGUCAGUACCUCAUGCACCUUUCAUACACACUCAUUUCACAUUUAGACUGGCUUAAACAUUCAAACCUUGAUGAAAAAUCACUCUCGCUAAGAUAAACUUGCUUUCCCUGGUUUUAAUACAAUGUGAUAACUUAAGAUAUAAGCUAGCGCGAUAUAUAAUCUUUAUAGAGUAUUAUAUAUUAAUACGCGCGCGUAUCAAAAGAUUCGUCGUUUUUUUUAAGCAAAUGUAUUUUUAUAUUUACGAUAGAAUAUAUAUUUGGAUAAUAAAAAAGUUAAAUUAUCAUCAAGAAAUUUCUUGCUCCCUUCACGAUGUCGCUUCCGAGAUUCGACGUUACAAACUCGUCAGACUCGUGUAUGUGUGUGUGUGUGUGUGAUUUUCUUCCCAAGAUACAUGUAGUUUUUUAAUAAUCCCGCUUGCAGACUGGACCAGUCUGGCAUUUAGACAAUUAAAUCUGCGAUAACUGUGAGCUUGCGGAAACAUUUCGCAAGCUGUAAGAUCCAAUGACAGCCUGACAUUGGAUGGUGUUUCAAAAAUUCAAAGACACUCGUUGCUUUGCCAUUUACACUUGUAUAUUAUUAAGAUAUAUACGUAACAAUUGAUUGACACAUUUUUACUUAUGAUACCGGUACUAUAUUUCAAUACCAUAUGUAGUACUCUGCAAAAUAAUCGUAUAUAUUUGAAUAAAAGUUAAUUAAUUUUGUAAAAUGGAACUUAACACGCCUGUGUCUGUAGGCUGCGCGAAUAUACAAAAAUAUAUCGUAUUGUUAUUACAAUUGCAUAUGUACAGGAUGUCCUUUUUAUCGUGACUAUCUUAAGUUAUCUGUUAUUUUUCACGAUAAUCACUUGCCCGCUGUAAAACAGCAGAAUAGUCACGGCAAGAAGUACAUCCCGCAAGUACGCGCUUCUUCCUAUGAUGAAACAAGAUACGAUACACAUUUAUCUUGUGUUACUACACGAAUAUAUGUGUACGUAAUGUACAGACAAACAAUACAGAUCAUAUUGAUAUAAGAAAAUAUUUUAAGACAUAUAAUAUCGCCAUUAAUAAAACUAAGAUAUGUUAAUUGGUUACCUAGCAAAUUCAUUGGCAAAAUAAGAAGCUUACAAAUGUGUGUAAUCGUUGUUCGAACUCGCUAGAAAAGUGAGGAUCUUGGCAGCAGGGUACUUUUUUUACCGUCUUCAGAAAUAAUUGAGAUUUCUCCGGUUUUACGAUGAGAUUACAUUUCUGUAGAAAAAUGAAAUCGCAGAAUUAGGCUUGCAUAAAUACGACAAUUAAAUGGUAUACAACAGUUUUUCCUGAACACGACCCUCAUAUUUCCAGUUAAAAAAUUAAAAUAACGCAAUAUACUUGUGUAACGCUCUAUGCAAUUUGAUGUUUCUAUCUUGAAGACAUAGUGAUCUGCACAUUGGAAGCCCGUUUCAUUUUAAAGGAAGAACUAGAAUGCCAAACGACGCCUGCGUGUGUGUGUGUGUGUGUGUGUGUGUGUGUGUGUGUGUGUGUGUGUGUGUGUGUGUGUGUG